UUAUCCCCAAAAGCACAUGAUGAAGCAAUAAUUGACCAACUCUGAAACUUGAAAUCUUGUUGACAGUGAUGACAAGUUGAGAAGCUAUGGCAGAUUCAAUGUUGAGGGUGGAGCAUAUUGCAGGAAAAGGAAGAGGCCUUGUAGCCUCACAAGCUCUCAAAGCUGGCCAAGUUAUCCUCACUGAACCCCCUCUCAUUCUCUAUUCUUCUUCCCCUCUUACUUCUUCUUCUUCUUACUGUGAUCACUGCUUCAGAACCCUACCUACUACUCUUCUUUCAUGUCCUUCUUGUCUCAACCACCAUUUCUGCAGCAACAAGUGCCUCUCUACUUCCCUCAAUUCCUCUCAUUCCUCCACUGUUUGCCAAGCACUCUUAUCACUUCAACGUUCACCACUGCUUCAACAACACCAUCAAGUGCAAGCGCGUUUUGUUGCUGCUCUUCACAACCUUGCAGUUUCUGAGAUCAACACUUUGCUUUCUCUACAUGGCACCCCAGAUGAUUCUAUCCUUCAAGAUGCAAACUUUCUUCAUGAUCUAAUCUCACCCCUUUUUCCUAACAACAAGCUUAGUGUUGAUCUUGUUGCUCAGGCUCUAGCAAAGGACAGGAUCAAUUCCUUCUGCUUGAUGGAGCCUUAUAACCCUAAUGGACCUCAGAGAUCAAUUAAGGCAUAUGGGAUAUACCCAAAAGCCACAAUGUUUAACCAUGAUUGUGUUCCCAAUGCUUGCAGGUUUGAUUAUAUGAACACUACUUAUACUAAUUCUAAUACUAAUGACAUUGUUAUUAGGUUGAUUAAGGAUGUUGAUGAAGGAGAAGAGAUUUGCACAAGCUAUUUUAGGAUUGGGAGGGAUUAUGCUACAAGGAAGAAGAUCUUGAUGGAGGAUUAUGGGUUUGUUUGUAGGUGUGAGAGGUGCAAGGUUGAAGCAAGUUGGAGUAAUAAUGAUGAGAAUGAAGAUCAUGAUCAUGUGCCACAUGUAAGGUUUCUUAAGAAGCAUGUUUGUAAUAUCAAGAAUUGUGGUGGCACUUUGGCACCUCUUCCUCCAAAACAUGAUGCACCGUUUAAUAAUAAUGUUCUUGAGUUUAAUUUUUGUGGCAAUUUCAAAAUCGGUGAUGAUGAUCAUGAUGUUAUAUAAAGCAUAUAUGAUAUUUGUAGAA